CUCCAUUCAUCCACUGGACAAUACAACAUGACGAACUAAAAAAAAAAAAAAAAAAAGAGAGAGUGAGUCGAGAGAAAAGCACAAACCAUAACAUGGCCAACGAAAGAUUGCAGGCUGUCCUAGCACAGCUGAAGCCACCGACAGGCUGGCAGAGCGCUGUUGACAAGAUAACACAAAAGAACUCCGAUGACAUUGUCAUUACGUUGGCGUUGCGGACGCCGAUGGCGAAGGGAUUCAAGGGUGGUUUCAAGGAUACAGAUCUCGAUUACCUGGUCCUCCAGCUGUUGAAUGAAGUGAUGGCAACGUCGAAACUAGAUCCCAAUCUGAUUGGCGAUGUUGUUAUGGGGAAUGCAAACAACGCCAAAGCCUCCACAAUAUGCCGAACAGCUGCUCUCGCCGCUGGUAUUCCCUACACCGCCGGUGCGGCCGCUAUCAGCCGCUUCUGCUCCUCGGGCCUCAUGUCAAUUCAAAGCGUGGCCUAUGAGAUCGCACAGGGCUCCAUCGAGAUCGGCAUUGCCCUGGGUGCCGAGUCCAUGAGCAAAGGCCCCGACCGGACCCCGCAACCUUUCCAUCCGGAGAUCAUGAAGGAGCCGGAUGCGGCAGACUGCAUGCAGCCCAUGGGUCAGACGAGCGAGAAUGUCGGGGAUGACUUUGGCAUUUCGCGCGAGAUGCAGGAUCGGUAUUCCGUCGAGUCGUUCCGGAGGGCGGAGGUGGCGCAGAAGGCUGGCUGGUUUGAGGAUGAGAUUGUGCCGAUUCGGACGACGGUGAAGGUUGGGAAGGAUGGGAAGGGUCCGGAGGAGGUGGUGGUCAGCAAGGACGAGGGGCCGCGGUACGGGACGACGCUGGAGUCAUUGAGUAAAAUUAGGCCUGCGUUUCCGCAGUUUGGCAAUAAAACGACGGGUGGGAAUGCGAGUCAGAUUACAGAUGGAGCCGCCGCGGUAAUCCUCAUGAAACGCUCCAAAGCCAUCGAACUUGGCCAGCCCAUCCUCGCCAAAUUCGUCGGCGCAACCGUCGCUGGUGUCCCACCACGCAUCAUGGGUAUCGGCCCUUCCAUCGCCAUCCCCAAACUCCUCUCAAUGUACAAUCUGCGCAAUGAAGACAUUGACAUCUUCGAGAUCAACGAGGCGUUUGCCUCCAUGGCUGUUUACUGUAUUGAUAAGCUUGGCCUGGAUCACGAGAAGGUAAAUCCUCGGGGAGGUGCUAUUGCACUGGGCCACCCGUUGGGAUGCACAGGGACGAGACAGGUUUGUACGAUUUUGAGUGAGGCGCGGAGGACGAAGAAGAAGGUGUUGGUGACGAGUAUGUGUGUUGGGACGGGACAGGGGAUGGCUGGAUUGUUUAUUAAUGAGCAGUGAGCAAAGAAGGAGGGCAGUUAGACAGCCCGAUUCCCGAUUAAUAUAAGAUGUGAUAUAUCUCUUCUGACUAGGUAGACUCCAUGUAUAAGGUGGCAUAAGAAAUCGGAUGUGCGAGUAACGAUGUCUUUCUAGGCUAAAGACAAAACACCGCCACAUGACAAGUAGUCAUUUAUGCGUCGAGCAAAAAAAG